AUGUCCCACGAGAAGGUCCUGACCACCGCGGCGCCGCCGCCUCUCCCGCAGUUCUCCCAAGCCAUCAAGUACAACGGCAUGGUCUACUGCUCCGGCAACAUCGGCGUUCUGCCCGAUAGGCCCGGCAUGGUUCAGGCCGAGGGAACCGUCAAGGACCGCACCCGCCAAGCUCUCAAGAACCUCUCCGCCGUCCUCGAGGCUUCGGGAAGCAGCCUCCGAAACGUCGUCAAGGUGAACGUGUACAUUACCAAAAUGGACGACUUCGCCACUAUGAACGAGGCGUACGACGAGUUCUUCACCUUCGACCCCAAGCCCGCUCGGACUUGCGUGGCUGUCUACCAGCUGCCGCUGGGCACCGAUGUCGAGAUCGAGUGCACGGCGUUCCUUGACAAGCCUGCCGAGAAGCUCUAA